AUGUCUCCAUUCACUGCCAUCAACUACCCAGGUGUCGAGGACUCGGCUAUUAAAAUGGAAGAGGUUGAGAACACCAACACUGGUGAUGUCUCCGACGAAGGUGAAAUAAAAUCAGAGGACAGGCAGGAAGAACAGGCUGAUGAUGGUCCAGCAAAAGAAAAAAAGGGUGAGAAAGAGCCCAAAAACCCGGCUACCCCACGCAAGCGUGGUCGCAAGCCAGGAGUUAAAAAGGACGCUGCCAUCAAAACUGAGAACAGCGAUGAAGGCAACAAGGAAAACGUCAGCCCUGACAAUGACGGGUCUCCUCAAAAAAAGCAGAGGAUGACUCCUGGUAAAAAGAGCCGUCCGAUCCCGACUUCCAUUGAAAACGCAUGCGAGGAAGACAAGAUGUUGCUCCGUCUCAAGGACAAGGAAAACAAGAGUUGGUCCGAAAUCGCCAGUGCAUGGACGGAGAUGACCGGAGAAGCGACCAAAGGAACCACGCUUUCAACUCGUUAUAUGCGUAUCAAGGCUAAUCUUGCCGUUCUGUCUAAGGACGACGAAAUUCUCUUGCUCAAAGUGAAGAAGGACAUGGAAGAAAAGUUUGAAGCAGAGAAGUGGCAGCGAAUCGCGGAGUCCAUGGAACAGACCCGCGGCGCGAAGUUUCCACCUCUCACUCUCCAGAAGAAGUUCAAGGAACUCGAGAAGAAGGGAAAUGGAGAAGAGGCAGUCUAA